AUGGCAGCCUACAAGGCCAGACUAGAGCAAUUUAAAAAACUGUUGUCGCAAGAUGAAAUAGAUUUGAAAAGAGUGCGAGAACUCACUUUCGAAGGAUGUCCAUUUGAGAGUGGCUACAGAUCUACAUGUUGGAAGUUGUUACUAUAUCAUUUACCAAAGAAUAGAACAGAAUGGAAAACACAUUUACAUAGACAAAGAACAAGUUAUAAACAGUUUAUCAAAGAAUUAAUCAUUACACCAGGUGAAAAAGCUCAUCUUGGUGCUCUCUCUGAUGGUAAACUUGAAGAUCAUCCUUUGAACCCAAACCCAGAAAGUCAGUGGGGAGUCCAGUUUAAAGACAAUGAUAUGCUUAUGCAGAUUGACAAAGACUGCAGGAGGCUUUGCCCAGAUCUUUCAUUUUUUCAAAGUGCCACAAAGUUUCCGUGUGAGGAGAUUACGAAUGCUAAAUCUACAGUAGAGACAUUACGGAAGAGAGUUGAACAUACAGUAUUAAAAUCAGAAUCAGUCUCACGAAAUAGACUGGGAAUAACCAAUAUGCAGUCAACAAGAAGAAGAACACAGAGUGAUGAGUAUGCUGUAUUACCUGAUGGACAGGAAGCUCAUUGGGAAGUGGUAGAAAGAAUUCUAUUUAUAUAUGCCAAGCUUAAUCCUGGCUUAAACUACGUCCAAGUAAGUUUGGUAUUUUUACUUUAUUUUUCCCAAGAAAGUGCCAGAAUGGCAUCUGGACUGACAGACGGAUAUGGGUGA